UUGUUGCCAAACACUUCAUACCGCGCGCAUCCUCCCCAGCCUCAUCCACGCAUACCGCUUCCAGCAAUAGCGGAAUCAGAAAACGUAUUUUACCUGGAGCAGUUGGUACGAGUUUUUGUUUGGUUUUAAAGAGAUAUCAUAAUAUAGUGUUUACAGGUUUAGCGUUACCGUAGUCUCGUGGGAGUCCAACCUGCUGAAGAUGGGACCGUGCUUCCUGUGUGUCCUGAUCCUGCUCGGCGGUGUGGCUCACACAAGUGCUCUGACCACCUGUGGCAGCAGCCAGUUCCAGUGUGGAGAUGGGAAGUGCAUCACGAUACGUUGGGUGUGUGACGGAACGGACGACUGUGGAGACGGAACUGACGAGCUUCCUGGAACCUGCAUGGUGAGGACCUGCAGGUCUACAGAGAUCAGCUGUGGCGGCCGUCUGAACCAGUGUGUUCCUUCUUCCUGGCACUGCGAUGGCAUGGUGGACUGUGAGAAUGGAGCUGAUGAGGGGAGCUGUGCUCCUAAGCAGUGCUCCUCCAGUGAGUUCCGCUGCUCCAGCGGUCAGUGUGUCUCCUCCUCCUUCCGGUGUGACGAGGAGCCGGACUGCGACGACGGCUCCGACGAGGCUUCCUGUCCGCCCGCCAGCUGCUCCUCCUCCUCCUUCCGUUGCCACAGCAACUCGGCCUGCGUGCCGCUGCUGUGGGCGUGCGACGGCGACACGGACUGCACCGAUGGCUCUGAUGAGGUGGGAUGUGGCCACGCCCCUUUGGCCGCGCAGGCCACGCCCGCCUGUUCGCCGCUUGAGUUUCCUUGCGGGAACGGGGAGUGUAUCCACGGCAGCUGGAGGUGUGACGGGGGGGCAGACUGCCUGGACCGCUCUGACGAGGACGGAUGCUCCCGGACCACAUGUCGUCCUGAUGAGUUUGAGUGUGGCGAUGGUUCCUGUAUCCGUGGCAGCCGUCAGUGUGACCGCCAGUAUGACUGUCGAGACCUUAGUGACGAGAUGGGCUGUGUCAACGUCAGCAGGUGUGAGGCUCCAGCCAUGUUCCGGUGUCGGAGUGGAGAGUGCAUCACCAUGGCGAAGGUGUGUGACAGGCAGAGGGACUGCCGUGAUUGGUCGGACGAGCCUCUGAGGGAAUGUGACUCUAAUGAGUGUCUGUCCAACAAUGGUGGCUGCUCCCACGUUUGCCAGGACCUGAAGAUCGGCUUCCAGUGUCUCUGUCCCUCUGGCUUCCAGCUGGUCGACACCAAGCGCUGUGAAGAUAUAGAUGAGUGUCUGAGUCCGGACACAUGUAGUCAGAUCUGUGUGAACCAGGUGGGAAGCUACAAGUGUGAGUGUGAGGAUGGCUACCAGGUGGACCCCAGCAGCUCCGCCUGCAAGGCCAUCGGCACGGUGGCCUACCUGUUCUUCACCAACCGCCACGAGGUAAGGAAGAUGACCCUGGACAAGAGCGAGUACACCUGCGUCAUCCCACGCCUCAAGAACGCCGUGGCCCUCGACAUCAACAUGGCCGCUAACAUCAUCUACUGGUCAGACUUGUCCCAGAAGAAGAUCUACAGUGCGUCCAUGGCCACGGCAGAAGGCCCCGCCCCCCCCAGAGUGGUGAUUGACAGCGACGUGUCGGCUCCCGAGGGCCUGGCAGUUGACUGGAUCCACGGCAACAUUUACUGGACCGACAGCAUCCGCAGCACUAUCUCCGUGGCAACGGCAGACGGAAGCCGGAGAAAGACUUUAUUCCAGAAAGAUCUGGCGAAGCCCCGCGCCAUCGUGGUGGACCCCCACAGCAACUUCCUAUACUGGUCGGACUGGGGAACAACAGCGAAGAUAGAGAAGGGGGGUCUGAAUGGAGGAGACCGCAACACUCUGGUCUCAGACAACAUUGUCUGGCCCAACGGCAUCACCCUGGAUCUGCUGAACCAGCGCCUGUACUGGGUGGACUCUAAGCUCCACACUCUCUCCAGCAUCAGUGUGCAGGGCGGGGGCAGGCGUACCCUCAUCAUGGACCAGAGCAGGCUGGCUCACCCCCUGGGCAUCGCUGUGUUCGAAGAGAAAGUGUUCUGGACAGAUGUGAGCAGGAACGUGAUCCAGAGUGCUAGCCGUCUGACGGGUGGAAACAUCCAGACACUGGCGGAGCACCUGGCCUCCCCAGAAGACAUCGUCCUGUUCCACAACCUCAAACAGCCCGCCGGUCGUGAUUGGUGCAAGAUAGCCAAUGGAGGCUGUGAGUUCCUGUGUCUGGCAGCACCCCAGGUGGGGAGCCAUGCCCCCAAGUACACCUGUGCCUGCCCUGACAACAUGCAGUUGGCCAAGGACCUGAGGGGCUGUGUCCCAGCUGCUCCUGCAGUUCCUGAUGCUCCCCCCACUCCCAGGACCCCCCCUCCGACCCCCCGCAAGACCCCCGCUCCAACUGUCCCCAGGACCCCCCCUCCGACCCCCCGCAAGACCCCCGCUCCAACUGUCCCCAGGACCCCCCCUCCGACCCCCCGCAAGACCCCCGCUCCAACCAUCCCCAGGACUCUCGCCCCCUCCACCACCUGGCCAACUCCUCUGGCCCCAAGACCGGAGCCCAGGAUCCCCACAGCCCAGCCCCCCAGCCAGCCUGCUGCCCCCCCCCAAGAGUCAGGGAGACCAGAGCUAGCCUCCAUACCCAGGACUGCCCCCCCCACCCAGACCGCCCUGUACAUCUCUGUUCCCAUAGUCGUGGUGGUUCUGGUGGCGUUCGUUGCCAUGGUGUUGUGGAGAAACUACCGUCUGAAGACCAGCAACACAAUCCACUUUGACAACCCAGUCUACCAAAAGACCACGGAGGACCAGGUGCACAUCUGCAGGAGCCACAGCCCUGACGGUUACUCCUACCCUGCGAGACAGGUAGUGAGUCUGGAUGAGGAGGCUGAUAACCCUGCCUUCAACUCCUAGAGAGGAGAGGAGCAGGAGCUGGCUUUAGAAGCUACAUGGACGGGAUUUUACCUCAGAGACACAUACCAGAGGCGCACUUCAAGACCAAACCACAACACCCUGAGACGCUGCCGGGGUGGAGAGGGAGGGAGGGAGGGAGGGAGGGAGGGAGGGCAGAGCAGCUGAACAAGGAAGGACAGGCUUCUUUUAUCCCUCCGUCCAAAAUCUCUGUUAUCGUCGUCGUCAUCCAGCCCACCACCGUCCUUCUGGAAGCUUCCAGAUCCUUCUGGUUCUGACUGGUUCUGACUG